GUCAUUUUUGUACCAGGGUUGCAGGAAUGAAGUGGUCUUGGCUAGUGUUCGUAGCGGCAGCGGCAGUGGUAGGAGCGAACCCCAUCGAGGGACCGCAGUGGUAUUACCAUGACGCUGUGGGGAUUCCACUGUCUGCGCGCUUAAUGGAGUUGGAGAAACAAGUCAAUUAUACCAGAAUUGUUGGCGGCACCGCGUCGAAUUUAGGCGCGCAUCCUUUCAUGGUGGGAAUUGUGAGCCAUUUUGCUGGGACUUCAGCUACGUCAGUAUGCGGGGCAUCCCUUUUGUCGAACACGCGCUCGCUGACGGCGGCGCACUGCUGGUUCGACGGCUGGCGCUGGGCACAACGGUUCACGAUGGUGUUCGGGUCUCAGAGGCUGCAUUUCGGCGGCAUCCGCAUUGAUACUUCUGACAUCGUAAUGCAUCCCAGCUGGAACGUAAAUAAUUACCAAAACGACAUAGCCAUCGUCAGGCACAACUGGGUUACAUUUACCAAUAUCAUCAGUCCCAUAAACCUGCCGACUGGGCAACAGAACAACAACUUUGCUGGCACUUGGGCUAUGGCCAUGGGCUUUGGGAUGACAUCAGACUUUACACCACCCGCACAAAACCAGGAGUUGAGGCAAGCGAACCUGCAAGUGAUCACGAACGCUCAGUGCCUUCCAAGAUGGCCGAACAUCGUCGCAUCGUCGUUGUGCACUACGGCUCCAGUUGGCGUUAACGUCUGCGUCGGCGAUUCUGGUGGCCCACUCGUGGUCGGUAGUGGCAACAGCCGAAUUCAGAUCGGCGUGGUUUCCUUUGGGGCUCACAGUUGUGAAGCAGGCCAAUUCUCUGUCUUUGCACGUGUCACUUCAUACCUGUCCUGGAUCUUAUCAACGGCAUAAUAAUAAUUUAACUGGAUUGUUCAUUAUU